UGGGAGCGUCGGAGAGGAGCCGCCUGCGUUUGAUCCCUACGUCUGCGAGGCACGCGGCCGCGAGCACGCGGAUGUAGGAGCGGGAGGAGGAAGCUGCUUCUCGGUUCGGUUCUUUUUGGGCUGUCGCACUUCGUUCGGACUGAUUGCCAAAGAACGACGACGUUCCGGAACAAUGCGGUCCUCCUCGCAUCCCCGGACGGUUUCGGGGUUCGCCUCGCUGUUCUUGUUGGUUCUGGUUCUGGAGCGUGGCUCCGGGUCCAGCUCGAGGACGUGCCCGCCUCCCUGCCAGUGUUUUGGGGAACUGGUGGACUGCAGUCGGCUGGAGAAGGGUCGGUUUCCGAAGUGGAUCCCGGAUUGGACGGUUCGACUGGAUCUAAGUCAUAACAAACUGCAGACGAUUAACAGAGAUUUGUUCUCUAACCUGCAGAAUCUGAGUGAAAUAAAACUGAACCAUAAUGACCUGAAGGAAAUGCCGGAUUUGGGACCCUUUGCGUCAAGAAUCACAACCCUUAUUUUAGCAAACAACAAGAUCGCCAGGAUCUCCCAGGAGCAGCUCGGGCCCUUCCUCUCCCUGGAAACACUGGACCUCAGCUACAACAACAUUGUGGAAAUGAAGGCGGGCUCCUUCCCCGCUCUGCCCCUCAGAAACAUGUUCCUCAACAACAACCGCAUCUCCUCGAUGGAGACGGGCUGCUUCGCCAACCUGUCCAGCACGCUGCAGGUCCUACGGCUCAACCGCAACCGCCUGUCCGCCAUCACGCCCAAGAUCUUCCAGCUGCCCAGCCUCCAGCACCUGGAUUUGAGCCGCAAUCGGAUUCGCCACGUGGAGGGCCUGACUUUCUUGGGUCUUCAGUCUCUCCGUUUUCUAAAGAUGCAGAGAAACGGCGUCGUCCGCCUGAUGGACGGCGCUUUCUGGGGUCUGGAGAACGUUGAAGUCCUACAACUGGACAACAACAACCUGACGGUGGUGACGAAGCGCUGGCUGUACGGGCUGCUGACGCUGCAGCAGCUCCACCUCGGACACAACGCCAUCGGCGCCAUCGAACCCGAGGCCUGGGACUUCUGCCAAAAACUCAGCCAGCUCGACCUGUCCUCCAAUCACCUCACCCGACUGGAGGAGUCCAGCUUUGUGGGCCUCAGCCUGCUGGAUGAGCUGCACAUCGGAAACAACAGCAUCAGCUUCAUCGCUGACGGGGCUUUCCGGGGUCUCCCCAGCCUGAAGACGCUGGAUUUAAAAAACAACGAAAUAUCUUGGACCAUCGAGGACAUGAACGGACCUUUCUCUGCUCUGCAUAACCUGAAAAGACUGUUUCUGCAUGGGAACAGGAUCCGCUCGGUGACCGCCAAGUCUUUCUCAGGCCUGGACGCGCUGCAGCACCUAGAUCUAAGCCGGAACGCCAUCAUGGCCAUCCAAGUCGACGCCUUCGCUCCACUGAAGAACCUGCAGGAGCUGCGUCUGAACACGUCCAGCCUCCUUUGCGACUGCCAUCUGAAGUGGCUUCCUGUUUGGGUGACCGAGCAAACCUUCCUGCUUCGCCUGAACGCCAGCUGCGCCCACCCCCAGACGCUCAAGGGCAGGAGUGUGUUCGCCGUGGGCCAGGAGGAGCUGGUGUGUGUCGACUUCCCCAAGCCUCAGAUCACGGUGCAGCCCGAGACCCAGUCCGCCCUCAAAGGCAACAACGUGACCUUUCUGUGCACGGCGGCGAGCUCCAGCGACUCUCCCAUGACCUUCGCGUGGAAGAAAGACAACGAGGUCCUGAACGACGCCGAGAUCCACAACCAGGCCCACCUGCGGGUGCAGGGCCGUGUGGGCGGCGAGACCGAGGUGACGGAGUACACCAGCACUCUGCAGCUGCGCACUGUGGACUUUUCCAGCGAGGGGAAGUACCAGUGCGUCAUCUCCAACCACUUUGGGUCGUCCUACUCCACCAAGGCCAAGCUCACCGUUCACAUGCUCCCUUCCUUCACCAAGAUGCCCAUGGAUCUGAGCGUCCGUGCUGGCGCCACGGCUCGGCUGGAAUGCGCUGCUGGUGGUCACCCCUCCCCUCAGAUCGCCUGGCAAAAAGACGGAGGGACGGACUUCCCAGCCGCUCGUGAACGCCGCAUGCACGUCAUGCCGGAGGACGACGUCUUCUUCAUCGUGGAUGUCAAGACAGAAGACAUUGGCGUCUACAGUUGUACGGCGCAGAACACGGCCGGGGCUAUUUCUGCGAACGCUACACUAACGGUUCUUGAAACGCCCUCCUUUCUGCGUCCGCUCAUUGAUCGCACCGUUGCCAAGGGAGAAACUGCGGUUCUUCAGUGCAUCGCCGGGGGCAGCCCUGCCCCCAGGCUGAACUGGACCAAAGAGGAAAGCCCUCUGGUGGUGACCGAGCGCCACUUUUUUGCCGCAGCCAACCAGCUCCUGAUCAUCGUAGACGUCACAGAAGCCGACGCGGGAAAGUACACCUGUGAGAUGUCCAACACACUCGGGACAGAGAGAGGCAGCGUGCGCUUGGUGGUCAUACCAAACCCCAACUGCGACUCGGGAGGGCAGGGCGGCGUGGGGAUCGGCCUUGUGACGGGAGCAGGGUCUGACGAAGACGGGUGGACCACCGUGGGGAUUGUUAUCAUCGCGGUGGUGUGCUGCGUGGUCGGGACGUCCCUGGUGUGGGUGGUCAUCAUUUACCACACUCGACGACGAAAUGAAGACUGCAGCAUCACAAACACAGAUGAGACCAACUUGCCCGCAGAUAUCCCCAGCUACCUGUCCUCCCAGGGUACUUUGGCUGACCGGCAGGAUGGGUACAUCCCAUCCGAGAGUGGAAGCAGUCAUCCGUGCAUGACGUCCUCCAUCAGCGGCUACUACCUCCAACCUAAAGACGCCAACGGUCUCUACCAGCUUGAUACGGGAAGCGAGACGGACAUGGAGGCAGCUAUAGAUCCUUUGCUCUGCAACUAUCAAGGUCCAGUUGCUUCUCUGCUUCGUCGAGAUAACAUUUACUACAACGAGCCGUCAGACGUUUUCACAGGGUGUUCUGUGGACCAGAGACCGGUCUGCGUGGACGCCGGCAGCCUGACCGACUCCAGAGGGAGGGACUAUUUCACGGCGGAGCAUUUUGACGUGCGCCCUUCUGCUUUCCUGAUGUCACUUCCUGUUACCAGUCUGCAUCAUGGUCCUUUCCCGCAGCAAAGGGACCGGCGGCCGUCCAUCGAGGAGGUGGAAGUCGUGGACUGUGGGGGACGUCCCGAUCGUCCGCCUCCCUACAACACAUUCAUGGGAACGUUUGGGAAAGCUCCUUGGAGACCUCAACAGGAUCCAGGGUUCAGUCACCAACCAGUGACGUCCAACGGGAUCACUCUGCACCAAGACCCGUACGCCGCUCCAGAUGUGGACCUCAGAGGGAGCGGCGACAGCGAGGAACCGUCCUACGAGCAGCUCUACAGGACUGAAAGCAGCUCUCAGCGCAGAAUGAGCACCUAGCGUCUCCUCAUGAAGAGGUCAACCAGGAACCAGGAAACCUUUCUACCUCACUGAAUGGACGCGUUUGCAAUAAGAGACUUCUACGAUACGCACGUGAAUGUAAAGGACGAUUAUGUGUCGAUAAAAUGAAAAGCGGCAUUUCAGCUGUUGGAUCAAAGUAAACCUUUGGUUUUUUUAUAAAGUUUUAUUCUAUUUUGUAAAUUGUAUAUGAACAGAAUUCCUUAUUUUGGCUUACAUUAUGUGUAGGAUUGUUUUGCAGCUCAUUUAUUUCAGCUUUGAAUGAAGCAAAUUUGCACAUAUAUGUAAACAAUAAAACAAAAAAUCCACCUUUA